AUGUCCUACACCACAAUCGCCCCCCUGGCAAAGGCACAGGUGCCUACUGCUCCCGCAAACAUGGUUUCCUCCGCGUCAACCCCGGCCGGGAAGGUCCUCAAGAACUCACGCAAGGCCACUUCCAAAUCCUCGGCCAGGCCUGCGGGAGACUCCUCCUCCUCCUCCUCCUCCUCCUCCUCCUCCUCCUCCCCCCCGAAGAUGGCUGAGAAGACCCAUCGACGCUCCAGAUUAGGGUGCUUCACCUGUCGUCUGCGAAGGAAGAAGUGCGACGAGGGAAAGAUGAUCUGCAAAGCAUGCAAGAACCUGAAGCUGAAAUGCGAAUACAAGCGGCCCGUAUGGUGGGGGAACAACGAGCAACGGCGCAUCCAAAAGGAAUUGAUCAAGGACAUCAUCAAGAAGACCAAGCUCAAUGAGAAAGCGUGCGCGAGUGCCAGUGCCCGCGCAAACAGCUGCGCCCAUUCCGCCCCCAGCCUGACACAUUCCGCCCCAACGAUAGACACCUAUUCGGAUGGCUUGGAUGGAACUCGCGCCCCGUCGGCCGAAUCGCACUUCUCCCUGGAGCAUGAGUUGCACGAUUUUCCCUUCCCGUCGCAUGAUCCGUUUGACCCCUUCGGAUCCCAACUCCAGACUCCCCAUUUCGAGGCCGCCGCCUUCUACGGAACGGCACCGCCAUACGAAAUCGACAUCAAGACGGAGCGACAGUUAUACGUCAAUGACAUUCCCACCCGGCGAGAUUCUUCCAUCUCCACGUUCAGCACUUUCCAGCCACCGUUGUCGCAUGCCACCCUACCAACGUUCCCGGGUGAUGAUUGGGUUCAGAAGGAGUAUUUCGAAAGUUGCAAGGAAUCCUUCAGCUCACCGGAAGCGAGCGAUUUCGGCUUCUUCAACCUGCCACCCGAGCCCACCAUCGCCGAUAUGUUCAAUCUUGACGAUGGCGACCGUCACCUUUUGGAGCAUUUCUUCGAGCACAUCAUUCCACUUGUUUUUCCCGUUCUGGAGACGAGACAGCACGGUAUCGUGCAAUCACGUAUCUUACCCGCCUUGCAGGCCAACAAGCCUUACUUGCACUGUUGCCUGAGUAUCGCAGCCAUGCAUCUCAAGGCUACUGAGUGCGGCAAUGGCGAUCGGUUUGAUAACGCCAUCCUCAACCAUCGCGGGGAGGCGGUGAAGGAGCUCAACGAGGCUCUGACGCACGACACAGACAAUCUCCAGAUCCUGGACGCGAUACUGGCCAUGAUCCUAUUCCCAUGCACCGUUGGCUGCCCGAAUGAUGUGCUGCUCGAUAUCCCAUGGCACUCGCACUUCCAGCCCGUCACGGAACUGAUCGCUAGGCUUGGCCUUCCGCAAAUGCUGCUCGACGCGGACAACCACAGUAUCCCCGCACCAUUCGACAUGACUCUGGUUGCUUGGAUCGACAUCCUGGGUUCAACGAUGCUGGGAAAGACACCGCAAUGCGCACACCUCUACCGCACCAAGCUCCUGGCCGGCUCCUCUUCCGGGCUAUAUGAUCUGAUGGGCUGCGAGGACCGCGUGAUGUAUCUGAUCUCCGAGAUCUCCUGCCUCGACGCGCUGAAGAUCGAAGGUUGCAUCGACGACCUCCAGCUUUGCUCGCACGUCACCGCCCUCGCCCAUCAGCUCGACCGCACCGAGCCACCACCAGGAUCCCUCGCAUAUCCAACGAACGACACUGGUGUCCUCCAACCAUGCCAGCUCUCACAGAACAUGACCGCGCUUUACCGCCUCGCCGCCCGCGUGUACCUCUGCAGCCUUGUCCCGGGCUUCCAUCGCACCCAAGUCGGAACCAUGCGCCUGAUCUCCGACUUUGCGGACCUGGUAAACCUGAUCCCCGGCGGUGCGGACGGCUUCGACCGCUCCCUUGUCUGGCCAUUCCUCAUCUGCGGCGCCUUCUCCACUCAGACCAGCCCAUUCCGUUCCAUGUUCGAACGCCGCGUCGAGAUGCUUGGCCCCGCCGGCGGGAACGGCAGCUUCGGUCGCAUGGCCUGUCUGCUGCGCGAGGCCUGGCGCCAGGCCGACGUCGUGGUGGUGGCUGCUGUUUCAGACGUGUCGUUCCUCCCGACUCCGGUGUCUGCCUCGACAACCCCGGGCGGAAGCCUGUCAUCUGCUACCACCGCCUCAGGUGAUGAGCACAGCCACCAGAAACCCGCCCCCAACCCCCUUGCAAACAUCCACUGGCGUGAUGUUAUGAAGCAAAACAACUGGGAUUUCUUGCUGAUAUAG